AUGGACCUGGAGCUCGGGAAGGAGACCAGAGAACCUCAGUCAGCUUUAAACUCUCUGAAACAUGAUUUAAGACGUAAGAAAACAUUCAGCUGCUCUGAGUGUGGGAAAAGAUUUGGCUUCAAGUCAGGUCUGAAGAAACACAUGAUGACUCACACAGGAGAAAAGCCUUUUAGCUGCUCUGUGUAUGGGAAAAGAUUUGGUAAAGGGCAACAUCCGAACAGACACAUGAUUUCUCAGACAGAAGAAAAACAUUUUAACUGCUCUCAUUGUGUGAAAAUAUUUGGACACAAGGCAGAUCUGGAGAGACACAUGAGAAUCCACAAAGGAGAGAAACCUUUCAGCUGCUCUGAGUGUGAUAAAGCUUUCUCUGAACGUGGAACCCUGAAGAAACACAUGGUAACUCACACAGGAGAAAAGCCUUUCAGCUGCUCAAUUUGUAAUAAAUCUUUUAGAUGGAGUGGAGCUUUAAAGACACACAUGAGAAUCCACACAGGAGAGAAACCUUUCAGCUGCUCAAUUUGUAAUAAAUCUUUUACAGAGAGAGGAAGUUUACAGAAACACAUGGUAGUCCAUACAAGAGAAAAACCUUUCAGCUGCUCUGAGUGUGAUAAAGCUUUCACUGAACGUGGAACCCUGAAGAAGCACAUGGUAGUCCACACAGGAGAGAAACCUUUCAGCUGCUCAAUUUGUAAGAAAUCUUUUACAGACAGAGGAAAUUUACAGAGACACAUGGCAGUCCACACAGGAGAGAAAAGAUUCAGCUGCAGUGUUUGUAACAGAAGAUUUGCCCGGCGUUCUCAUGUCAAAACACAUAAAUGUGUUGGUCAGAUAAACACAGAAGCUGAUGGAGAGGACUGUCAGUUUUUCCCACAGAAUUAGAUUCCAUUUGUGGUGGUAGCUGACCCAGGGUGGGGGGCAGAAAGAGGUGCAGACUUCUUAUAUUAAUUGUACUGCAAAUAUUUUUAUACAAAAUUCUGUAGGUAACUAUUAAAAUUUCAAAAUUUAAUGGUAUAAUGCAGUAAGGCACGUGUCAAACUCAAGGCCAAAUUCAGCCCCUCGCAGAUUUUGAUCUGGCCCGCGUAUCAAUUUAGGUUCACAGUAAAUUUUG